CUUGCCCCUGGUUUCCACCCGCUUCGAAUGUUAUCACUCGAUUGAAUGGGCGUUAUCAGUGGUUAUCAUUCCAUAUAUAUGGGCCAGUAGGGGCCUGCUGCGCCUACUGGUAGGCUCAGAAGGCUGUUAUCAUCCAUCCACAUGGUUAAUCACCGACAAAUACAGGAGAAGACUCCAGCUCCAAUCCCAGAAUCCAGCUCGCCGGUAAUCGGAAGUCUACUGAAUGACGCAGCUACGUUGGAAUAUUUCGCGCUUGAUUUUUGAUAAGAUAUGGGAAAAACAGUUAAGACCACACGUUCCAGGAGCGUUAAGAUUAAGGUGGUGAGGAGGGGUAUCUUUGGCCCAGCAAAGGUUUCUUACCUUAGUCAAGGUCUUCCCCAGCCCAACUCCAAACAGACCAACCCAACUAUUACAUCUCAACCUGCUGAACCUGAUGAUGUGUCACCGAACUGUAGUUCUGAGAGUGCAUACAGUAGGGCAAAGAAGAGAGAGCUUCAUGCCUGGGAUGCAGUCAAGGAUGACAUGCUUAAGGUGUCGUUUGAAUGUUCAGCACCAAUCGCUACCCAGUGUGUUGUCUGCCUAGCACAUGCUGAUUACAGGUGCAUUGAGUGCAGUACUACUGCAGUGUUUUGUGAGAGUUGUCUGAAGAGGACUCACAGAAAUUCACUGCAUCUUUCUGAUAAGUGGAAUAAUGUCUACUAUGAGCCAUCCUCCCUGGGGUUAUUCCUAUAUUUACCUGAAGGCCAUAGCACCCAUGCUGUGUACACAAAGGACAUGAAGGUCAUUGUCAGCACAGGACGGCUCUGCACCGUCACAGUGAAUAUGUGUGCAUGUGAGCCAGAAACCUGCACUCUGCUCAGGUAUGGUCUCUGGCCGGCAACAGCCGACAAGCCCCAGACAGCCUUCUCCAUAACUCUCCUAGAGCUUUUUGUUUGUCUGUCACUGGAGUGUCAGGUUUCUGUCGAGGGUUUUUGCAACACCAUGCGCUGGAAAAAUAACCUCACACUUGCAGAGGUUAACACACUCUACAGAGCCCUGGUGGGAGAAUCCAUAUCCCAUUUUAGGCAUCACCACUUCCGACAAAGAAGUUUGGUUGAUAUUUGCCCAAAAUUAGAUGAUGGUACCAAAUGCCCAGCAUGCCCAAAGGCGGCUGGGGAUAUGAUUGUAACAUUGGAUGCCAACUUUGGCCUUGUGAGGAAGCAAAGCUCAGGUACAAGUGCGGUUGAGCCAUUACACGGAACCCGCAUGUUUGUUAAUGAAAACGAUGUAGAGGAAUACCUGCUAUCACAUCUUGACAGCUCAGAACCUCACGAGGACUGCAGUAACUUCAAGGCUGGCAACGUGCUGAGGUCACAAAAACAAGCGAAGAAACUUGAUGUUACAGGAGUGUUUGGAGCCUCUUGUCGUCAUGAAAUGCCCCUAAUGUUUGUCAACAUGAGCCAAGGAGAACGAUUAGCCUAUCCCCUGUAUGUCAUCGAUGAGCUACUUCGAAGAUGUGAGGACAAGAACAUACACCUCCGAAUCGUUUAUGACAUUGCCUGUGUUGUUGCCUCACAUUUGCAUAAAUUAGGGAAGGGCAUACCACACAACAUCUCUUUGGCCAUACCAGCAUUUCACGUUUAUGGACACAAAUUGCCCUGCCAGAUCAAGUACAGCACUAGGCGACUCGAUGGGUUUGGGCUCACAGACGGGGAAGGAAUGGAAAGGCUGUGGUCUUUUCUCAGAAGAUUUGCCAGAGUCACAAAGGAGAUGACUCCAUCUCACCGCCUUGACCUGUUGACUGAUGCCCUUUUGCAUUAUGGACGGAGGAAAUCAACUGACCUAGAGAUGCAGCUCCUGCAAAGACUAGACAGAGCAGAGAAAAUAUCAAUUCUCGCUCAAGAAGACAUCUCAUCUGUCAUCAGAGAGGCACCAGUGUUGGUUUCUGAGGGAGACAUGGAGAAAUGGAAAAAAAGGGAAAUGGAGCUAGCCCAGCAGAAACAGAAACCAAUAAGCACUGUCUGUAGAUGGAAAAGGGACUACAUCAUCAAGCUGAUUCAGUUCUACAAGUUCAAAUCUGGGAAUCGUGAGUCAUCCAUGGAGUGUGAAACAGAAAUUGAGGACUCUCUGCUGAACAUAGAGAAAAAACACCGGAUUGGGAGAAGAUGGCAAGAAUCCGAUUCAGACUUCCAGUCUACCCUUAAAAAUGUGGACUGUGAGCUCAGAGGGCAACUAAUCUUCAAAGCUAGAACUGAAUCAAGGGAGAGAGCAGUCCUCCUCCAUCUGAAAAGAAAAUAUCCAGACGGGCAGGGCAUUGCCAUUAGACUUUCCAAGCAGAUUGCCAGUUCCAACAAGAGACUGAGGCAGGCAAUAAAUGAAUACAACCGGAUUCAGUGGCCACCGCAGAGGAGCAUCUUCCCCACAAUAAUUGAUUUUCAGGAAGCAUGCGAUCCCUCUUGGCAAGUCUACUUCUGCUUUGAUGACACUAUUGAAGACGAUAAUGUUUCGAGGAGUCUUAAACGGCGAGCAAUUGAUGCCAUAAAUAUGAAGACUCGAGCAACUGAGGAAAAGGGCAUGCUGUACCAGGAAAUGAGAAAUAUUACUGAACACCUCCAUCAGCAGCAUGCCUUUCUUUGCUCUGCCAUUAAAGACACAGAUCAGCCUGGUGCAAAAGCUGCUCUCACCCAAAGACUCCAUCAGGUGGAAAGAAAACGUCAUCAAGCAACUGUGAUGUUUCACACACAUGUACAAGACAUUGUCCCUGUAGACAACCCCUACUUGUGUCAGGCCCUCCCCAUGUCAAGCAUAGAGACUCUAGUGUACAAUGAGGAUGGUGAUGAUGAUAAUGAGGAUGACACUGAGGAUGACCAUGAUAACUAGGAAUGGUACUGGUAUGACAGGACAGGGCCUGUAUUUACAAAGCUCACAAAGAUGUGUUUUACUAGGUCUGAUCUAUUUUAAAGCUUAGGUACUGUAUUUAAGCACAUAUCGACACUAGUAUGCGAGUACAAAAUUGUGUGUUUACCACUUGUGAUAUUACGUAUUCAUUGUAAUGUACAAAUGUGGUCAUGUGUGAGAGUUUGUUUUCAUGAGUUGAAAUGACAAUAAAUUUAUUGAAAU